CUGAACAGAACUGUAUGUGUACCAAAGGGGAGGGAAGAACGAGGAAGGCGGAGUUGCGUUUUGUACUUUUAUGGGUUGUGGAGAAACCUGCCUUUCUGCUCAGAGUUGGCAGAGGAGGAGCCUGUGGGACUGAGACAAAGGAGGCAUAAACACACUGACACAGGAGGGGAAAAAGAGAAGCUGACGACUGAAAAAGCUUCCCCUUUUUUUUUCCACAAAGAAGACAGACUUCAACUCCUGCUGCUCCUUUUUGUCGGUCGUUUGGAGGAGGGUUGUGUCAGCUGUGCUGGGAUGUGGUUGACAUAUGCUGGCCAUGGUGUGCAGACGCCUGCGUGUUAGUUAGUGUGUGUGUGUGUGCGUGUGUGUGUGUGGAAUGGAAAAGUGGAGCUACCAAGACAAACAGCUCCGCUCUUAGCGCCACGCCAUGGGGGGUUGCCAUAGUUACCCCUCAGCCACGAAGACUGAGAGCAAAGCUGCUUGUGACAUCAGCAAUGAGAAACCGGGAAUCAAUAACAAUAAUCAAGAGGAGCGCCCAUAUCUGCAGGAGCCGCACGUGCGCCACCGGAUCACAGACGCAGACAUGUUUGCGCUCACGGCCCUGCCGCCUGGCGUUGACAAGGCAGAGUGGCUUGCCAGUAACAAAAAACCCAUGUUUGAUUUCUUCCAGCUGUUGCUUUUUUCAAGCACAUAAAUCUGCUAUCCAGCGCGCUGUCGGAGUUCUGCACCACCAGCACGUGCCCAACUGCCUGUGGACCGGGCAACACGGUUUACUUCUGGACUGACGAACAUGGCAGGAGGCUGAAGUGCUCCGCUCCCCUUUACUUUGACUACGCUCUGUCCUACAUUCAGGAGCUACUGACUGACGAAGAUGUGUUUCCCACUAAAGCAGGUGCUGCGUUUCCAACGGGCUUCUUACUCCUCGUCCAAAAGGUCUUUUUGCUUUUGUUUAGGACUCUGGCUCACAUUUACUGGUCUCACUACAAUGAAGCACUUGCGUUGGGUUUGCACCCACACCUUAACACAAUGUUUGCACACCUCACGCUCUUCUGCCACCAGCACGCCCUGCUGGAGUCUGAAGACACGGAGCCACUGCAGCCGCUUAUAACGGCUCUGAGACAGCAAAGAUGAACCCUGAGGGGCAAACAUGAUUCCUCAUCCUCUUCACCAGCUCAUCUCAAAGCUAUUUAUUUGAAGCAGCUUCUUGCCGGUGUGGAUUCAACUAUAAAUUGUGCCAUUCUAUUGUUUUCUUUUCUUUCAAAUGACAGGUCUGAAGCUAUAGGAGUGGAAAAAGGAUGCAGCUACUCUUUUACUUAAAAAAGUUAUUCAGUUACUGUGUCAUUUCAUCCAAAAUAUGUCACAUGUUUGUGUUUUAACAUGCUGUAAUAUUUUUGUUUUCAGGUCAAUUUAAAGUUGUUAUUUUUUUCAAAACUUUUUUUUUAAAUUUUCACCAAAGACAUCCUGUCACUGUGCCUGAAUAUAUUUGAUAGUAACUUAAUGCAGAUACUUUAUAAUCAUGUGUGCAAUUGUGUGUAUUCUAUAAUAAUGAACAUUUGUUAUAAGUUGUUAUAAAAUGCUUUUUAAAUAAAAUGUCUUCUGUCUCCAGACAAGGCAACUAUCGAGUUGAGCAAAAAUGUUUUUAGCUUUGCAACAUAUUACUUCACUGUUGAAACUGAAUUAUGGAUUAAAAAUAAUGUAUGAAGUAUUUACAGUUUUUUAAACGGAAAAACACAACAAUAAAUAUGUAAUUCCACCUUUAUUUACACUUUUUUCAUUUUUUUUUACCACAAACUGUCAUUAUUCUGAAAUAAACUCAUUAACGUUUCCCUAUUUUCUUUUGAUCUCAGUUGUAAUUCCAAGGAAAAUUAAUAUUUAAUCAAACAUUACAUUUUUACAAUUAAAGCACAAUAUAAAGAAUUCCUCCCAGGCCACAAAUGUGAUAACGGGUAUAAAAAAACGAUCAAAACUUGGAAAUAAUGACCUGUUACAGAAUAUUUUGGAAAUGUCAAACAUUUAGGGAACAAAAACAAUUGUAUCCAUUAUACAAUUCUUUUAUGCUGAAACAUGUUUAGUUUAACUGAGCGCUGAUUCCAAUUUACAGAUAAAAAAGGGCUAAAUUGACUUGCAAAAACCGUGAUUCACUUUUGUGGUAGAAUAGCUUAAUAUAUUUAUAAAUUCAGUUUGUCCACAAAAGAACUAUGUCUUUAUCAUUUUACUCAAAAUGUACGGGCAAAACUGGAUUUUCAACCGUUUGAUGCCUGAUUUUGUUUCAAUCUGUAAAACAAAUAACUUUAGCUUUUGAGUUGAGGCUAAAUAAAUUAAAUUUUGGAGCCAAAGUGGUUUGAUCCAUAUUUUCAUCAAUAGGCGCCACACGGUUAAACACCGGAAAUCUAUGUUGUUCUUUCCAAACUAAAGAAAAGGCAACCUCAGGUUAUGGCUGGCUUUAUACCCGAGCAAUAUAGCAACAGGGUUCAGCGACACAAUGAAGAUCCAAAGGCCAAGGAUCCGGAUCGUUUAAAUUUAAAAUUUGCAUUUUGGUGUUUUAAAUAUUAUUUUCCUACACACAAGACCCUGAAAGAUUUGCACAGAGAAUCGUUUUUUAGGUGAAAAAUCUUGAAUUACAAUUGAACUUUUCCCUGAAGACCCAUCAUUCACCACAAAGGGGUUAAAAACACCUCCCUAUUAAGCCUGAUAAUGUCUCAAAUCUCUUACUUAAAUACCUAAAUAUGGGUGAAGCAUCCUGAGGAACUAAAAAAACAAAGAAAAACUGUAACCUAAAUUUGAAAUAAAUAGCCAAAAAGGUAAAGUCUUUUAAUUGUACUUAACAUCACAGUUUGAUCUUCAUAGUCUGAGCUUCUAUGACACAAUGACAUCUCACAUUUCCUUGAAGAAAAAGCAGGAAUUUGCCUUUUGUCAUUUUUGUUGCAGCACUUUGCGAGAACAUUAUUUAUUUUGUGUCCACAUGUCUGCUUUACUUCCUGAUUUCGGGCCAAAGCAUCUAGACUUGUGACUUUUAAGAGGUAAAGAAAGAGUCAUCAAGUCUGAAUGGUGCAGACACACACUUCCAGAGUUGUUCACUGGAUAGAUGGGAGUGUUAAUGUGCGUACUGGGCUGAAUCGAGGCUUGGAAACUGAGCUUAGAUGGUAAUACUUGAAACUGCUGAGUCACAAUUAAGUGCACUCACACAUAGCCCUUUAAUUAAGACCUGAAGCCACCUUCACUUACAGAACAUUCCUUUAAUCAGAUUCCGACUCAUUUUUGUCCUCUUUCAAAGUGAAGUGAUUUCACGGAGAUGCAGCUCCUCCUUCUCUCUUUUUUUCUCUCCCAAAUAUGAUUAAUCAAGAGACACCAGAGACACAACUGAACUGAAUGAACUCUCAACAAUUUUCAGGGUGGCAGAUUAUUCUCCAUAUCAAAUAAUCUUACUCAAUAUCUGUGUUGGAGGUUUGGUUUCUAUCCCUCAUUCUUGAUUUGUGAAUGACGAUAUUGUAAAGUCAAUCCAGUCUAGUCGCAUCUGAAGACUUAUAGUAUUUCAAAUUUGUGAUCAUUCUGCAUCUUCUUUAGAUUAAUCUCCUUGAAAAAAAAAGAAUACUAAAAACUCUUUAAAAACAAACAGUAACAUCCUCAGCUGUGCAAAAGAUCAGAAAAAUCCUAAAAUGUACAUUGUAAGUUACUGAGAGCUGCAUCUGGUGGGAAAAACAGUUCCAUAACGUUAUUGGGCUUUCAAUUUGAAAAUCCAUGAGUAAAAAAAAACAUUAAUGUUAAAUUAUUGUGGUGGUUCUUUCUUAAUUGUACCAUUAAGUGACAACUUUUCCAUAAAAAAAACAAUAAAAAUGUCAAUAAGAAGAAACAAAUCAGUCUUUUUUUUCUUCUACGAGUGGUUUGAGGUAAGUGGAACUGUCCAGGUUUAAUUAGGUUGUUGGGUCCAUGCGAGGUUAAGUUGCUGAGAAGGACAAAGCAGUAAGCCGUCCCCCUCCCACCUCCUCCUUUUCCUCCAGCACGCCUUUAUAAAUGAAAACACUCAAGUUUCACCAAUUUGUGCUGCUCAGACGUUGACAUUUUCAGUGUGUAAAGGAUGCUUUGGUUGCUCCUUGCGAUGCUAACACAGCCAGCCAUCCAUAAGUGACUAUUUACCCGAUGGAAGCCACUUCAGGCGCAGUGUGUCUCUCCUCUUCCGCCAUGUGUGCCUCCUCUCCAGCAUGGCUCUGCGCUCUGCUUCUCCUCCUGUCUCUGCAGCUCCAGGCUCUGGGAGCUCAACGACACAGUUUGAGUUCAUCCAGAAUCUACAAUUUUCCAAAACCAUCACAUCCCAGCGUUUCACCUACCGAGUCUGACCUCUCGCUUUCCGUCAACAACCGGAUCGUGCAGGAAGGUUCACAGAUCCUCUGGAGGGCCCCGCCAGACAAGGAAGCUUUGCUUCAUCGAAACCAGAAUGUGUUUUCGGAGUCAAAGAUGUGGCAACGGGGACUACGACGCCGUCGCCAUGCCAACGGCAGCAAUGGAAGGGGCCACAUGAUGAGGGUGGGGUGUGUCCUGGGCACCUGUCAAGUGCAGAACCUCAGCCAUCGACUGUACCAGCUGAUUGGACAGAGCGGGAAGGAAGACUCGUCCCCCAUCAAUCCACGCAGUCCUCACAGCUACGGCUAAGUUCACUCCGCCAGGACUCCCAACACAAAGCAUCAGCAUCUGCUGUUUGACAAGUAAUGUAGGCAGGUCCCUGUUUUUUUUUUUUUAAAUCACAUAAGAAAAUCCAAAAAUUAGAAGGAGAAAGAGAUUUUCUGAAUGUAGCAGGAAGUUGUAGCUUGGAGGUAGAAGCUUCUGAACUUGUGCAAUAUGAAUGUUGCCUAUGAUGACCAAUGGAGGGUCUUUGCUAACCAAGUCACCUUUCUCUGCUUUGAUGUUUCUAUUUAGUUUCGACAAAAACUCUUUAUUUUCAUAAUUUUCACCACUUUCGUGCCUCACAACUUAAUGCUAGAUGAGAAAAAGGGCAAAGUGACUUCAGAUCAGCUGGAGCAUGAGUGUUUAGGAAAAGACCAUGUGGAUGAGGAGGUCACGUAUGCUUUUUUUUAACUACCUUUUGGGAAAAGAAAAUGUUUAAGAUUCCAGUUUGUCAGUAUGACUAAGAAGAUUAUGUCAUUUGUAGACAUCUUCCUUGGAAAAACAGUAAAAAUGUGAUGAUUAAGAUGAUUUGAUAUAGCUUUUUUACAAACUAACUCAUGUCAGAAAACUUCUACUUUCACCACAGCAAUUACAACAUGAAUGUAAAAUGUCUUUAACCUUCAACAAAUGUUACUCCACAUCUGGAGAGGAUACUUUUUGGAUACAUUAUCUAACAGACUCCAAGGCGAACUGUAGAAAUGUGGCAUCCAUAGAGAAGAGUACAAGCAAAACUGCAAAAAA